AUGGCCCAGUCAGUUCGGGCCAUGGGCAUGGCUGAGGAGACCGAGACACAGCCUGAAGUGAAGGAUGGCCUGGAGGAGGAGGAUGAGGAGGAGGAAGACUUGCGGAAGAAUCCGCCCCUACCCGGUCAUGUGGACCACCGCUGUACAGACGUCCCUUUUCUGUUGUUCUUCCUGCUGGUGUCAGCAGGCGUUUUCUGGAUCAGCUACGAUGCCAUCAAGCACGGCAACGUCCGCAAGCUUGGGCACGGGUACAACAAGGCCGCCAAAGUGUGCAAAGAUGUGGACUUCAGUGAUGGCAAGGUUUUCUGGUGCCUCAACUCCACAGAGAAUGGCCUGAUGUUGGAUGUCCCGAUUUGUGUGCCGAGCUGUCCCAUCAGUUCUCAGCAGCAGAACAAGUGCUGGGACAGUUCCCAGAACGCGUACCGCAUGGCCCAGGACUAUCCCAGCCGCGCUUUCGGGUACUUCUGCAAGCCCUUGGGGCCAGAGCUAAAGCAGCAGAUCAAGUCCUUCGGCUUCGACCAAGACAAGGGACCGAUCCUCAGGCUCUGGGGCGUCCUUUCCAGGACCUGGUUCGUGCUCGUGAUGGCCGCUGUGGUCACAGGGUUCAUUGGGUACUGCUACAUCUUGCUACUCUUCAUCAGCCCGGAUGUCGUGGCGACGUGGUGCACGAUCAUACUGACUGUCUUGCCGAUAGGCACCGGUGCGUGGAUCGUCUACACCACUGCGAACCCAGGCUCUGCGCUGGCCAUCUCCUUCCUGGAAGAUUCCGAGUUCUCCACCACGGAGAGAUAUGUGGCAGGUGUGGCUCUCCUCGUCGCCGGUGGGAUUGCCUCCUUCGUCGCAUCGGGACAGCGGAAGUACAUUGAGGCCACUACUUUCUGUCUGGACACCGCGGGCGACUGCUUGACAGAGGAGUGGAGCAUCCUCCUGGAGCCACUCAUAUCUGUCGCUGCCAAGGUCUGCCUUACAGCGCUGGGCUUCUUUGUCCUCUUCAACCUGGCAUCGAUGUCUGUUGUCGAAAAGGACACCGCGAUUGGAGAAGCGCUGGAGAAAGAGCGGUACAUCCAAUGGAGCACCCAGGAGAAGUGUAAGCUGUUCUUCUUUCUGAUUUAUCUGGUCUGGUUGGAGGAGGCUGUUGUGGCAACAUCGCGAUAUGUGAUGGCCUAUGCCACAGAAGUCUGGUACUUCACCGAGCCAGACGAUGAGGGGCGUCGGCAGCGUUCCUUUACGUGCUUGCUCGUCGAGGCUUACUGGAAUGUUCUCCGCUACCACGUCGGGAGCACGGCCAUGGGCUCUUUCAUGUACACCUUCGGCCGCAUCCCAGCCAUGGUGCUGCGCAACCCUGGCAUUGAUUGCUGGGCCUGGUGUUGGAACCUGGAGGGUUUAGAUUUCGCCACGAAGCUGAUGCCCCCUGGCAUGGAGACUUCUUAA